AUGGUCUUAAAGAAAAACACACACCCAGCAUUGACUACCCGUCUUGGAAAGGCUGUAUACCUGCUGAUAGGCUGUGCUGUUUUCACCUUCUGUCUAUACCUAACAUCAUAUCACUCAAAAUCCACAAAAUCAUCAUGUCAAAAUCUGACAGCACUACUCUCAUCUGCUACCUCCCCUUCAAAUCGUACAACCAUACGCUCUUUAAUAUACCAAGACUUUGACCGAAAAGCCAAUCGCAAAAACGCAACCGUACUCAUUCUCACUCCGCUAAAAGAUGCUACUCCAGUACUGCCAACCUAUUUUGAAAAUAUCAAAAAACUGAACUAUCCAAAAGAAUUGUUGUCGUUUGGAUUUCUGGUUAGUGAUUCGGAGGAUACAACGUUCGAGGAUUUGGUCAAUUACACAAGUCCAAUGCUUAGUGAGUCGACGUAUCGACGGGUUAAUAUACUUCAGAAAAAUUUUGGAUUCACAUUGUCGCAUGGUGAUAGACAUGCGUUGUCUAAUCAGGCGCCGAGACGGUCUAUAAUGGCACAGUCUCGUAAUUAUUUGUUGUUUGGCGCGUUGAUUGAUGAAGAUUGGGUGCUUUGGAUGGAUGUCGAUUUAAAAGAAUACCCGGAUACUCUUAUUGAGGAUCUAAUUGCAUUUGAUACGGAUGUGGUUACCCCAAAUGUGUUUGCACGGGAAAAGCAUAAUGGAGUUGAUUAUGUUUAUGAUAGAAAUAAUUUUAUCGAGACACGAGAGUCAAAAAAAGUUCUUAAAGGAUUAGAUCCUGAUGAUGUAUUAGUAGAAGGAUACCCCGAUCUUCCAACAUAUCGUCGGUACCUUGGUGACUUGAGAAACACAAAUAAAGACAUUGUAGCAGUCGAUGGGGUAGGAGGUGCAUGCCUGAUGGUAAAAGCUAACGUUCAUCGCGAAGGCGCUCUCUUUCCAACAUUUCCCAUCGACCAUGAAUUAGAAACAGAAGGUGGUGGAGAAAGUUCGUACACCACAAAAGUUUGGCGUAUCAUUAAAGAUUUCACGAAUUCCCGAUACUUUGAAAAAAAUCUUAAACCUGAUUCACAGCAACUAUUUAAAGAAUUAUUCACAGUAGUUGACUUUACGCGUUUCAGAGAAAUAUGGGAGGCUGACAUUGAUAAAUUGUCGCAGGACAAGGUGAAAGCUCUUUGGGACAUUCGGGCUGCUGUAAGUCAUAGAAUGUUGCCAGCAGAGUAUCAGGACGAUGAGUCCUCGGCGGACGAGUGGGAGUCAUUGUUUGGAGUGCAGGCAAGUACACCAGUACAGCCGCAACAUACAAAUCCUCAACAACAAGGUGAAUUGACUGCAACACAAGAGGAAGAGAAUAAAGAAGAAAAAGACGAAUUAUCACCACUGCAAAUUCUUGGGUCUGUAUCUCCUAAAAUGAAGUAUCUUCUUGAUGUGGUCCAAGAAAGAAGGACGGAAAUCGAUCUGGGUAAUGAUGAACUGAGUGAUUUAUUAUUUGAAUUGAGAGCGGUCGGCUCCAAGUGGGCGAAUAAUGAGCGGAUGGGUCAAGCCGAAUUGUAUGAGGCGAUGGAUGCAGUGCUUACAGCAUUGAAAAAUUAUACAGAACAUUCAACACCUUUCCUUACGAAAGUGAGUAAACGUGAAGCACCCGACUACGCAAAAGUCAUCGAAAAACCUAUGGAUUUAGGGACAAUCGGAAAGAAGAUGAAGAAUCAUCAGUAUAAUUCUAAACGAGAAUUUGCUGAUGAUUUGUAUCUGAUAUACUCGAAUUGUCUCAAGUACAAUACCAAUCCGCACAAUACUUUUCGAGAACACGCGAAUGCAAUGAAAGCUAAAACCGAUGUACUAUUGUGUAGUGUUCCCGAUAUAGUAGUUCGCGAUCGUAGCGAAGCAGAGACUCAAGCAGCGCGUCAUACGGAGGAAACCAAAAAUAAUGGGACAGAACGAAGUGCUGACGAGAGUAGUAGUAAUCCUCCGACAACAGCGACAACAGAUUAUAUUGUGCCAGGAAAAAGUGUGCAUCUUUUCGCACGAAACGAGAAUUUAAUCGAAGAAGAAGACGACGAUGAAUUACAAGCUCUAGAAAUUACCGAACAAGACGCAGAAGGAACGACCGAUGAUGAAAUGGAGUAUGACGAUUAUGAAGAAGAGGAGCUUAUCAAGCAGUUCAAAAUACAAAAAAUGCCUGAUAUUUGGGAUCCAGUUUGUGAUAAAGAAACUCGUGCAAGGAUGUUUGAUGAUAAUUAUGACGCAAGCGUCAGUCAACCCACUCUAGACGCUUAUCAGUCUGCCCAGAUCCCGUCACGAGGUACUGCUGCUUUGAUUAAUCGGAAUAUUAAUCUACUAAAAAAAAACCGCGCAGUACAUGCUAAACUUGGUAUAAUUAAACAAAGUCAGCCUGGCCUUGUUAAUCAAUUCGGAGCCAUGCUAAAUCAAAUUGAUCCACCAUCUCCCGCAGAACCAUCAUCGGAUCUAAAGCCCGGAUCAUCUAUUUCAACUGUACACGAAGAAGAUUUGCCACCUCUAGUCAUGACCAAAGAAUUGGGUCAUGCAAGUAUGACUCGUGUCGUUACAAAGUUAUUACAACACGCAGGAUUUGAAGCUGCGCAAUCGAGUGCACUACAAGUGUUGACAGAUGUGGCGGAGGAUUACUUUCUUAAUCUUGGGAAGAGUAUUCGAACAUACCUCGACGACUACACGAAAUCUAUGACUCCGGAAGAAAUUAUCCAACAUAGUCUAUUCGAAAAUGGUGUGCCUGGCGUGAACACCCUCGAGUCAUAUGUCAAAGAUGAGGUUGAGCGAUAUGGUACCAAAUUGGCGGAUAUUCAUCGGCGUCUAGAAACAACAUAUCAAGAAUCAUUAAUGCAAUCGGGAGAUGGUCAAGGUCGUGAUCAGAAAUCGAUUUUCGAUGAUGAGGAAGCUUUUAUAACUGGUGAUUUUGGCGGUGAAUUAAUGGACGAGCUCGAUAUCUUUGGCUUUAAAGAAAUGGGUCUAGGAAGUAUGAAAGUACCUACCCAUUUGUUGCGUCCAAAGAACAAGGGCGAUAUGCUAAAACCGGGACACGGUCAUGGAAAAGAAGCAUCACCAUAUCAAACGCCUCCUCCUUGGAAACCAAUAACCGAUGCAAGCACGUUGAUAGGGCUCCUUCAACCAUUCUUUGCUAAAAAACUGGAAGAUUCAGGUGGUACCUUGAUUGAGGACGAGUUGCUUCCUCCAAAGCAACGCGUACAACGACCCAAAGUCCCAAUCACCGGAGUAAUACCAAAACAGCCAAAAAACAAAAAACAAAUCAAACAACCAUCACAGGUCGAACUCGCGCUCAAAGAAGAGAAAAAACGAAAACGAGAGUUGGAAGCAGCGCAGCAGCAGCAAGAACGCGAAGAAAAAAAACGAGCAAAACAGGAAGAUCUUCCAGAAGUAGUAAUUGUCCCUCGCGAGGAAGGCGUCGAGCAAGACACGGAAACUAUCCCCCUUGCAAGGCGACUUAAAAAUAAGAAACGUACUCGGGUGGAUGAUUCUGGCGAGGGAUCAUCCAACAAAAAGAAGUAG